ACAGUUAAACAGGAAGUGGACUACAGACAGCUCCACGGUGUUCUUAUUACAGCUACAUGCGCGAAGAGCAACCUAACACUUCUUAAAUGACUGUCCGCGGAGACAACUCGUGAGAAAUACAUGAAAUCAAAGUGGACAUGGAUUCAGAUGCGUUUUAGGGGAUUUUUUAUUUAUUUUCCCCUUUGAAUCGCAGUUUUCAUUUCGAUUUCUGGACGAUGCGCUAUCAACGUUCGAUCUGUGUUUUCGUGGUGAGUUUGUAUUGCAUUGGAUUUCAGCGGUAUGUCUCCGCCUUCCAACAAGAACCAGUGACUCCGGACUGGCGAUUGACUCUAAAAACUAUUCGCAAUGGUAUUCACAAGAUUGACUCUGUCCUGAACGCAGCCCUGGAUUUGUUUGGGGGCGAUGACGGAUUGUGUCACUUCAGUUGCAGCGAUGGGUACAAGCCAGCACCUCGCCCUGGAUACAAGCAGCCACCCCCCAAUGGAUGUGGGUCUCCACUGUUUGGGUUUCAGUUUGACAUAGGCAUUCCCUCCAUGACUAAAUGCUGUAACCAGCACGACCGCUGCUACGACACCUGUGGACGUGAGAAGAGAGACUGUGACGAGCAGUUCCAGGACUGUCUGGAGACCAUCUGCAAAAAUGUGCAAAGAACUUUUGGACUGACCCAGAGCGUUCAAGCGUGUGAGUCAACCGUGACUUUGCUCUUUGAUGCCGUCAUGCACCUGGGCUGUAAACCGUACCUGGACAGUCAACGAGAGUCCUGCGUCUGUGAAUAUGAAGUGAAGAAGGAACUGUGAAUCAUAAACCGCUGCUGCUGCUGCUUUCACUGCCACCUGCUGGAAAGUUGCCACUAUUAUUGUUUUAUUAUAACAGUGGAUUUCGCAACAACUGGAAAACUCUGAGUGAACUUCCCCAAAACUUAUGUUAUUUUUAGACACAUUAUUUUACUAUAAAAAACACAGCAUUUCUUUUGACUGUAAAUUAUUGUUUUUUGUUUGUGUAUAUGAAGGAUUUAAUAAAAAGUAAACUAAUAUAAUA